AUCAUAUUAUAUACGUGACUUAUUUGUAAUACAAGCAUUUACCUUAUAGAGAUGUAUGUAGUGAGUGCAUAUGUGGAUUCAUUGUUAAUUGUUUUGUACUCAAUGUUUGUCAUUCUGUGUCUGAUGUAUUCACAGGAGAGGCUUGUAAUUAUCCAGAUCAGUUUAAGUUUAAAGCUAUUAUAAUUAUCUUCUGUAUAGUCUUGGUCCUGUACUGUAUACUGAGUAAGUCAAAUGCUCUAGAAUCUUCUCUGGUAACAAAAGUGGUUUUGUAAUUCUCAGAGAGUGCUCGUGUAGAUGUAUGUACAUCAUCUACAAUAAUUUAUUCUUUCCCCAACUAAACAAAGUAACGAAUGACAAUGGCUGUAAAUCCACAAGCUUUCGAGCAGUUCACUCUGAGACAAAUUCGCAUCACUGAGAAUGAGUUUGGACAUGGUUCCUACGCUGUUGUCAUGGAGCUAGAGUAUCGAGGACUGAAAUGUGCCGGCAAGAAGCUUUACCGAGUUCUCUACGAGACUGGAAUCGGGCAUGCAGCACGAAGGUAUCUGGAGGAGUGUCGCCUGCUCAGUCAAACUAGGCACCCCAACAUUGUACAGUUUCUGGGAGUCUGUUUUGAGGAAGGCUCUCAGUUCCCCAUCCUAGUCAUGGAGUUCCUCCCUACCAACUUGACCAGCUGUCUCGAACGCUACGGUAUUCUCCCCGAUGAGAUCAACUUCUCCAUCCUCCAUGACGUCUCACUGGGCCUGGUCUACCUCCAUGGCCAAACACCAAUCAUUGUGCACAGAGAUCUCUCAGCCAACAAUGUCCUCUUGUCCACCAACAUGACGGCAAAGAUAUCUGAUCUUGGGGUUGCUCGAAUAUUGAACCUGACCCCCCUUCAAGUGAGUCGAAUGACGGAGACCCCUGGUACCCCAGCGUACAUGCCCCCCGAAGUGAUGGUUGCCAACCCCCACUAUGACACCAGUGUGGAUGUGUUCUCCUUUGGGAUCAUGAUGAUUCACACCUUCACAGCAGAGUGGCCACUACCAAGUAUCGGCCCCACCAGAAUCGAUCCUGCUAAUCCCAAUGGUCUGAUACCAGUGACGGAAGCUGAACGACGUGAAGAGUUUUUUCGAAAGAUUCCCCCAGACCACCCUCUGAUGGAUCUCAUCAUGCGCUGUCUCAGCAACAACUCUCAGCAAAGACCUAGAGCAGUGGAGAUAGUGGGUCGGAUGGUGGGUGUGGUAAUUGAAUACCCUCCCUCCUUUGAGAACAGAGUGGAGAUGCUCCAGCGAGUGAGUGCCCUACUGACAGAGAAGAGAGAGCUUGAGGAGGAGGUUGUGAGGAAGGACUCGGCAAUCCAGGAGAAAGCAGGAGAGAACGAGGCACUGGCGGAGGAGAAAAGACGACAAAAUGAAGAAAUUGAAAACACUGUCGAGCGUAUCCAGUUGGUGCACUCUGUGGAAAUUAAUCAGCUCAAAAUGGGUAAUGACAACCAUGUAACUGAACAUAGUGUAGAGAUAGAGGAUCUCAGAGUUGAAUUGGAGCUCAAAGAAUCAUUGGCUGCCACAAAAGAUGCACUAGUGACCUCUAAAGAUACUACCAUCGCUAGGUUAGAAACUCGAUGUAAGCAACUCACUGAAGAGGUGGAGCAACAAAUUGCCAACGUCAACUACACUCAUAACGAGCUUGUAUCUAAAGCUACGAAAAUAGCUCAACUGGAAACAGAUGUCACCAAUCUCACUGCACAAGUGGAACAGGAGCUAGUAGACAAAAACUCUAUUAUCGCUGACAAAGAUUCGACUAUUGCUCAUAAAGAUUUGACUAUCGCUGACAAAGAUUCGACUAUCGCUCACAGAGAUUCGAUGCUUGCCUCCAAGGACACUUCCCUUCAGAAGAAUAAAACCACCAUUCAGAGUUUAAACAACCAACUCACCAAAACUAGAGACUACCUGACCAGCAAACCACAGUCCCUACAGGUUCAGUUGUCCUACAGUCAGUGCUCUGAGGCUCCAGUGAAGAUGAUAGGUGGGCGAGCGAUAACCAUCAAUGGCAAGGUCUGCUAUGGUGGAGGAGACUGUUAUGACGAUGAUGACACGUACUGUGUCCACUGUUACGAUCCGCCACAAGACGUUUGGUCAACUCUGCCCAGACUUCCUGUAAAAUUUUUUGGUCUAGGGGAGGUCAAAGGUGAACUGGUAGUAGUUAGCGGUGUGGAUUCAUCCGGAUCUGCAUCCAACGUGGUACAUGUAUUUAACAAAAGAAAGAACUGGAAACAGACGAUCCCACCCAUGCCCACAGCGAGGGAGUGGCCAGCAAUCGUUAGUCUCCCAACACAUCUGGUCGUAGCAGGAGGUCGGUUGGGCUGUGGUGACUACACUGAUAAUGUUGAGAUCUACAACAUCAGCACCUCCCAGUGGAGCGAGACAAACAGACUACCGUAUGCUUGUGAAGACCAAAGAGGAAUUGUCUACAACAACACAGUGUACCUAAUGGGGGGAUCUGACGGGAUUAAUCUAAAUAAGGUGCUAGCUGCUCAAGUCGACAAGCUCAUCUCAGCAGACCGACAGGAUGAUGGGAGUACCAACAAAGCCGACUCUGUCUGGAAUACAAUAUCCAGCACACCGUUUUACGUGCCCUCCCCUGUAACGAUAUCCGACACCCUUUUUGCUGUUAGUGGAGUUGAUAGUGGUGAAGCCACUCAAAGGAUCUACGCCUACUCAUCCUCGAUGGACUCCUGGCUCUACGUUGGUGAUCUACCAUCUCCUAUAGCAGGCACUGCCACUGUGUCACUGCCUCCAACACAGUGCCUUAUGAUCGGAGGAGAAGACGAAAACACUGCGUACAAAUCAACUGUUUUUAAACUUUCGCUCAAAAACGUUAUGAGAUAAACACUUGAGUUUCUGUGUCUUAUAAAAGUAUAAUGGCUUGAGUAAACAAUACAACUGUUGUGUCUCUGUGCUGAGUAGUAGAUAUUCAUAAAUAUUUAAUG